UCUAGGAUUGUGAUGGGUCACCUCCUUACAUUUCUCUUGGGAUUGGUAUUUGAAGUCACUUCAGUGUUUGGAAUUCCUUCUUGUUCAGCUGAUGGACAACUCGCUGUAUAUCACUUUUGCAAACUUACCGAAGUCCCCCAAGUGCCAAAUACCACUAUAAAGCUGUUGUUAGGUUUUAACAACAUCAUGGUAGUUAAUGCCACUACAUUCCCUCUAUUGGAGAAGCUUUGGUUGCUAGAGCUAGGAGCUCAGUUCUCUCCUCUGACCAUUGAGAGAGAAGCUUUCAAAAACCUGCCCAACCUUAAAAUCUUAGAUAUUGGCAAGAAUGAAAUUCAGUUUUUGCAUACUGAUGCUUUUCAAGGCUUGCCCAACUUGAUUGAACUACGACUAUUUGGCUGUGGUCUCUCAGAUUCCAUUCUAAAAGAUGGUUAUUUUAGAAAUUUAAAUUCUUUAGCUGUACUGAACCUAUCUAAAAAUCAAAUCCAAAGUUUACACCUUCAUCCUUCCUUUGGAGAUCUGAAAUCUUUGGAAUCCAUAGAUUUGUCUCUAAAUGAAAUAUCCCUGAUAUGUGAAAGAGAUCUUGAGCUCCUCCAAGGGAAAAGAUUCUCUUUGUUUAGUCUUGCUUCCAAUGGCCUCUAUAGCAGAGUCUCGGUCAACUGGAAAGAGUGCAUGAAUCCUUUCAAAAGUAUGUUCUUUGAGGUUCUGGAUGUCUCAAGCAAUGGCUGGACGGUAGAUAUCAUACGAGAAUUUUGUGGCGCUAUCAAUGGAACCAAGAUUUAUUCUUUGCUUCUUGACCACCAUGUCAUGGGUGGAGGGUUUGGUUUUCAUAACAUAAUUGAACCUGAUCACGACACAUUUGCUGCACUGGGCAUGAGUUCAGUGAUAAAAAUGGAUAUUUCCCAUGGCUUUAUCUUCUCCCUGAACUUUCAUCUAUUCGAGACCCUCAAAGAGUUGAAACUUAUAAACCUUUCAUAUAACAAGGUGAACAAGAUUGCUAAAGAAACAUUUUAUGGCCUUGACAAUCUCCAGAUUCUCAAUCUGUCCUAUAACUUGCUGGGUGAACUCUACAAUUCUGAUUUUUAUGGACUGCCUAAAGUUGCUUAUAUUGAUCUUCAAAAAAAUCAUAUUGGGGUGAUUCAGCAGCAGACAUUCAAACACUUGAAAAAUUUACAAACUUUGGAUCUUCGUGAUAAUGCUAUUAAAACUCUUUCUUUUCUUCCCAGAUUAAGUACUGCCUUCCUAAGUGGCAAUAAAUUAGUGAGUCUUGAAAACAGCGCAACUGUUGAAUUCCUUGAGUUAGCAGAAAAUAGGUUGGAAAAUCUGAAGGAUCUCUAUACUCUUCUUCAGAAUCCAGAACUAAAGAUUCUCAUUUUAAAUAAAAAUCGAUUUUCCUUUUGUUACCACCACUAUUAUGGUUCUUCAAAGAACCAUACCUUAGAGCAGCUUUAUCUUUCAGAAAAUAUGCUGCAACUUGUCUGGCAAGCAGGAUCAUGUUGGGAUGUGUUUAAGGGACUUUCCCAUCUUAAACUUCUCUUCCUGAACAAUAAUUACCUUAAUUUCCUUCCACCUGGUGUUUUCAAUGAUCUGACUGCAUUACAGAUCCUUAGCCUGCAUGGUAACAGGCUGACAUCUCUUUCUCCUGGUGUUCUACCUGCAAAUUUAAGAGUCUUGCUUAUUUCCCACAACCACCUGCUAUCCCCUGACCCUACUAUUUUUGCAUCACUGAAACACCUAGAUAUAACCCACAACAAAUAUAUCUGUGAGUGUGAAACCAGAAAUUUUAUCCUUUGGCUGAACCAAACCAAUGUGACCAUGUUUGGGUCCCCUGAGGAUGUCUACUGCACAUACCCUGACUCAUUCUCUGGGGUCUCACUCUAUUCAUUUUCCAUAGAGCACUGUGAUGAAGAGAAAGCCCUACAACUUAUUAAUUUUUCACUUUUCAUCUUCUUCACCACCACCUUGAUUCUGUUCCUUACAGCAGUUGUGACAUUCACAAAGUUCCGUGGGCUCUGUUUUUAUCUCUGGCAUAAGAUGGUCCAGAGACUCACAUUCAAAUACCAUCCUCAGGGGGUAGAAGAGGAUCAGUACAAAUAUGAUGCAUAUUUGUGCUUCAGUACCAAAGACUUUGAAUGGGUCCAGAAUGCACUCCUCAAUCGCUUGGACUCCCGGUAUAAUUCUGAAAAUAGAUUUAACCUGUGUUUUGAGGAAAGGGACUUCCUCCCAGGAGAAGACCGCAUUGACAACAUCCAGGAUGCCAUUUGGAGCAGCAGGAAAACCAUUUGCAUUGUGACGAGGCAUUUCCUCAAAGAUGGCUGGUGCAUUGAAGCCUUCAAUUUUGCUCAGAGCAGAUACUUCUCUGAUCUUAAAAAUGAUCUCAUCAUGGUGGUAGCUGGAUCCCUUUCCCAGUAUCAACUGAUGAAAUACCCACCUAUCCGAGUCUUCGUGCAGAGGCAACCAUACCUGAGGUGGCCAGAGGACCUUCAGGAUGUUAACUGGUUCUUAAAUAAACUCUCUCAAUGCAUACUCACCAUAAAAGAAGAAAAGAAAUCCAACAACAUCCCCUUGCAAACUGUGGCAACCAUAUCCUAGCUAAAGAAGACAUUCUCAACCUCAAUUCCUGCUGAAAGUUAUUUUUCCCAUUAUAUUUGCAUUACAUUUGUUUGGCUGUUUCCUUGGAAGCAACCAGUUGGUGGGAUAGAUAGAAUGCUGGAUUGGGAAUUAGGAAGACCUGAAUUCAAAUCCUGACUCUAGCCUCUGAUGGCUAAGAGACCUUGGG